AUGCCGCCUCGCCGUGCUCCCCCACCUGCCGCCAACACCCGCCAGGCCACGGCCACCUGGCGCUCGCCCGUGCCGCCCGACCACAACCGGCACCUCCCCCGAGAGGACGCAGAGCUCUUCACAAAAGUCCUCGGCAUGUACGAGAACAAGCAGUUCAAGGAAGGCCUCGAGGGCGUCCAGUCCAUCCUCGACAAGCACCCGAACCACGGCGAGUCGCUCGUCAUGAAGGGCAUAUUCCUGUGCUCGCUCGACCGCAAGCCCGAGGGCUACGACUGCGUCCGCCGCGGCACCAAGAACGACCCGGGCUCGCACAUCGUCUGGCACGUCUACGCCCUCGUCCUCCGCGCCGACAAGAACUUUGACGAGGCCCUCAAGUGCUACAAAAAAGCCGUCGAGAUCGAAAAGGACUCGCUCAACCUGUUGUCCGACAUGGCGCCGCUCGCCGUUCAUCUGCGCAAGUACGACGACCAUGCCGAGAUCCGCCUCCAGAUGCUCAAGACGCAGCCGCGCGUGCGCCGCAACUGGGUCAACCUCGCCGUCGCCCAGUUCCUCGCGCGCCAGUACCGCGCCGCGACCGUCACGCUCGCCUACUACGAGGACAUGCUGCGCGACGUGCCGGACGGCGACGUCGAGAUGGGCGAGGUCCUCCUGUUCCACGCCCAGGUCCUCGAGGAGGCCGGCGAGUACGAGCGCUGCCUCGACUUCCUCGGCGACAAGAGCGCCCAGAUCGUCGACCGCACCGCCUACACCGUCCAGCGUGCUCGCCUCCUCCUCAAGCUCGGCCGCACCGAGUCGGCCCUGUGGGCGUGGGAGACCGUCCUCGGCGAGAACCCCGAGUCGACCGAGUACAUCAAGGCGACCGUGCAGGCCAAGGGCGGCGACUGCGACGCCACCGACCCCGAGACCCGUCUCGCCACCUCGUCCAUCCUGUCGGCCCUGUCGUCGGCGCACCCUCGCUCCCUGUCGAUCAAGCGCCUCCAGCUCUCGGUCCUCCCCGCCUCGUCGCCCGAGUUCCGCACCCGCGCCGCGAGCUACAUCCUCAACGCGCUGUCCAAGGGUGUCCCAAGCGCGUUUGCCGACGUCAAGGCGCUGUACAAGGGCGCCGAGGGCCUCGACAAGGCGCGCGUCGUCGGCGAGGUCGUCGACGAGUUCAAGAAGGGCCUCGAGGACAAGGGCGCGGUCGUGACGGACGAGACGGGCGACGACGACGCGCUCGAGUCGCCGUCGACCUACCUGUGGACGCUCUAUUUCCUCGCGUCGCACCACUCGCAGCUCGGCGACCACUCGGCGGCGCUCAGCACGCUCUCGCUCGCCCUGUCGCACACGCCGUCGCUCCCCGAGCUGCACACGCUGCGCGCGCGCAUCCUCAAGCGCGCCGGCGACAGCAAGCAGGCGGCGCAGGCCAUGGAGGACGCCCGCCUGCUCGACGGCCAGGACCGGUUCCUCAACUCGAAGGCGGCAAAGUACGCCGUGCGCAACGGCGAGUUUGAGAGGGCCGAGAAGACGAUCGGCUUGUUCACGAGGAAGGACGCGCCGUCGCCGCUCGAGGACAUGGUCGAGAUGCAGUGCCUGUGGUUCCUGCAGGAGGAGGGCGACUCGUACGCGGCGCAGCAAGACUGGGGCCGGGCCCUGCGCCGGUACCACCAGAUCCUCGACAUCUUCCAGGACAUCGAGGAGGACCAGUACGACUUUCACUCGUACUGCGUGCGCAAGUAUACGCUCAAGGCCUACAUCGAGCUCCUCCGCUUCGAGGACCGGGUCCGCGACCACCCUCGGUUCGUCGCCGCAGCCAAGGGCGCCGUCGCCAUCUACUGCCGCAUGCACGACGACCCGGCCGCGUUCGGCGCGGCGCCUACGCCCGUCACCAACGGCGACAAGGUGGACGCCGAGGAGGUCAAGCAGGAGAACGGCGACGAGGGCGGCGAGGAGAAGGCGCUGAGCCGGAAGGAGAAGAAGAAGGCCAAGGGCAAGGGCAAGAAGGCCGACACCAAGGACGACAAGAAGAAGGACGACGACACCAAGGCGGUCGCCGAGUCGCUGUACAAGGACACGGACCCGCUCGGCGUCGAGCACCUCGACAAGGCGCGCAAGGACCCGCUCGAGCUCGCCAUGCGCUUCGUCAGCCGCCUCGAGGUCGUGCGCCCGACCGACGAGGAGACGCUCGAGCUCAAGGCCGACGUCAUGCUGCGACGAGGCAAGCCCCUCGAGGCGCUUCGAGCUCUCAAGACGGCGCAGCAGCUGUACCCGUCCUCGCCCGCCUUCCUUCCCCUCGUCGUCCGCCUUGCCCAGUCGUCCUCGUCCAACUCGGCCGUCUCGACCGUCCUGUCGUCGGGUAUCGAGUCGCUCCUCGGCGGCGCUCAGCCGUCGGCGUUUGUCGACGCGCAGCUGCAGACGCACGGCGAGGGCAGCGCGGCGUGGCUCGUCGCGGCGGCAGAGGCCAAGCUCGCGCUCGGGGACCGCGAGAGCGCCGAGGCGCUCCUCUUGCAGGUCGUCCAGAGCUCUCAGGUGUCGCCAAGCCUCGAGCUCCUCGUCCGGGCACACGGGCUCCUCGCCGACUCGCCGGCGGCGCAAGGUUCGUUCCGCCAGGGCGCCGCACAGCUCCAGCCCCUCGCGCGCGCGUUCAAGACGGCCGACGAGCUUCAGGCACUCGCCGCCAAAGCCGAGAUGGACGAUGCCGAGGACAGGGUGACGGAGGAGGCGUGAAGGAGACGCAGAUCCUCGACUGCUGCAGAAACAAAAAGCGCACGCGAGCAUUGCGACUGAGCCUGCCCCGCUCGCCGAG